CUCCUCGCUUCCCAGCACGGCCAAAGGAUAUCCGGCUCGAGAACCUCGAGAGCCUCGAGAGGACUGCUGGCCCGCCCAAUGCUGAGCUCCUGGACAAACCUCACCGUCUACCACGUCAACCCGCUCCACCUGGGCGUGCUGCCAAUAAACAUGAACACCGCCGACCUCAGCGGCGACGCCUUCUUCGACCUCCGGUCGGCGGUGCUGCCCAUCCAGUGCGCGGGCGGCAACGCGAGCGGCGGCUACGAGUGCAGGAACGGAGAGGAGGUCGACGCAGACCUCGUGAUCACCAGACUCGCCCUCUCCGUGCGCGACAGUAGCUUUGGCGAGUACAGCCGCUGCAACAUCUGCGGCGACGACGGCGUCGACAUCUUCUCGGGCCUGCCCUGCAGGCCGAAAACAUACAUCUGCAGCUGCGGCGAGUGGUGGGGGAUGCGUGACUGCACCAACGAGACGACGGUCGGCCGAGAAGACAUUGGCCGCGCCUUUGGUCGGUGGGGCUCGUGCCGGUGGAGCGAGUGGAUCCACGCGCCGUGGAAGUGCUGGCCGUGGCCGGUGGUACACAAGACGGGCGGGCUCUGGUACUCGACGACUGAAAAGGGGCACUGCGACGCGCCGGGCGCGGACACGAACGCCUGCACGUGGCGGGCGACGGUGGAGAAGGUGGUGAACAAGUCGUGCUCGUCGGGCCUGAUCCACGCCGCGGUCGAGGCCCACGACCGCGAGGCCGGCGGAGGGUGCUUCGACGGCUGCCCGUCUCGGAGGCUCCACCCGCUCAGGCCGCGCAACACCACCGACCCCUGCUGGAUCUACUGCUUCUACGCCACCGUCCUCGGCCCAGCCGCGCUGAUGCCCGGAGGCGACGUGGCCUCCGCCGGCGGGAUGAGCCGCGCCGACAUCGACGCCGCCUUCUCCGCCCCGUUCAGGCCCGAGGCGGAGGGCGGCUGCCCCGCACUGCAGGCGCCCGCCCUACCGCCGCCCGGGCGCCAGCCGGGCGGCGUGUGGCGGCUGCGCGAGGCGCUUGCCGACCGGGCCUACCGGCAGGCGCGGCGUUUCGAGGCGGCGGAGGCGGGCGGCGGGGGAUGGAGUGGCGAGCGGCGCGGAGAGCAGCAGCGCGGAGAGGAGGGAGGAGGUCACGGCGCGUGGGUCCGAGCGGUCGCGUGAACCGCGUCUGCCCGGCAGUCAGCAGGUGACUGCCUGCUAGACCGCCGUGCAGAGCGGCGGUGGAGCGGGUAUCCUCCUCGCUGACCUCUGGUCCUCUGCACUAAACCUUGGGAUCAAGGCCGUCGAGACGCGCAUGUACGCGUACGGCUCGGAUUUCAUCGAAUUUACUUAUUGGGCUAACGGCUGCGGA